AUGGCUCUUUGUCGAAGGAUCGCUCGUUUGGUCGCGGAAGUUGGACAAUCCCGGCCAGAGGCUUCCAUGUACACCGAGGCCCGCGCCGCCAGCGCAUGGCGCGCAUCGGGCGCCCUGGGCGCCCCUCAGGUGCAUUCAAUCCAUUCGAUCUGGCUGAAAGGCCAUCCCACAGAGCUACCUUUGAGGGGACAGGGACGACCGGGACCCGAUCACUCUUUGGAAGAGUUCCAGUACUCGGCGGGCUUCUUCGAUGGCGCAGGGCACGUCGUCGAGGAUGUGUCUGGGUGGAGAUUGGAACUGACGCUACCUUCGGAGCAGCAGGACGUGCUUCUGCGCUUCCACGACCUUUACGGUGGCAUCCUCUCCAGCAGCGAGGCGCACAGUUCCGUGGGGGCACAGCUGAAGUGGGCCCUCGCCGGGGCGCCUUCGCGACGAGCCGCAGCCGCUCUUUCGGGUGCCGUGGCGCUGCAGCGGCCUCAGCUGUUGCUUGCUGCUCACUGGCGUUGCAAGAAGGCACCUGCAUCGCCUUCGCUGUCCAAGCGCGCGGCGUUGGCAGCCUGCAGGUGGAUGAGGCCCGAAUCCCCAGCCGAAUUCACGUGGCCUUACUUUGCAGGGCUCUUUGACGCGUUGGGCUGCAUCGUGUGCAUCAACGACUUGAUCCUCUUGGAGCUCAGGCACAGCUCCAGCAGCUACCUGGAGCGCCUGCGACGUUUCCUUCUGGGAGAGGCUCAUGGGGCCUCGGAUGUCUCGCAAUUGGUCUCGGUUCGCCACUUCCACCGCUCCAGCCGCUUGGUGGUUCACGAGCCCUCAAGCCGGAUCACCCUACGGCGGCUCCUGCAAGCCGGCUCGAUCCUGAGGAGGGAGGCAGUUCUGGUGCUGUCGAGGCGCGCCCCGAGGUCGCCCAAGGGACUGCGGCGGCUCCUGCAGGCGCGGGGCUGCGCCACCGUGGCCGCCGGAGGCUCCGGUUCCGGAGGCAGUUCCCGCAUCCGGCUGGUCCAACUGAGCCAGAGCCGCGCGAGACACCUGGAAGCCCGAGGUCGGCAGUCCGAGGCCGAGGACCGGCGCCAUGCACUGGUGCUCCUGCACUUGCACUGCGCAUCUCGAUCAGUAUCGAUCACUCAUCACCCAUGA